CAAUAAUUUAAAAACGGUUAACCUCUGCUGAUAAUUCAGAACGACUUUGAAAGUAGCGACUUGAGUUUAUUAACUGCUGACUAAACUGAAAUGGCAACUUUAACCAAGCCUGAAGAGAAAACGGAUUAUCCGUCAUGGUUUACGCAACUGCAUGCACAAAGCAGGGCUGCAACUGAUUCCAGGAGAGCGUCAUCUGAAAUACGUGAGAGGUCGAGAGCAAUGCGAAUCGAAACCGAUUCCAAAACCAAAUGGGACCAGUAUGAUACGAAUAACCGUUUGGUAGAUCGUAUAUGGACCUUGAGGCAGUGGCGAGAUGAACUUGCCGCACAACUGCGCCGUUUAAAACAACGUAUGGCUGAUUUACGAGAUGCCAAAAUGAUUACGGAGGACUACAUGGUCAAGUUGUCCGACGCUCAGCAGGUCAACACCGAGGUUCUGACCCUCAUGGAUCGCAGACGCCAGGGAGAGUAUAUACUGGACCCAGUUGAGGUCGAACUGAAAGGCGAACAAGUACUACUCAAAGAGAUUUACGAUAGUCUCCAGAGCCGAAUACUGGAAGCAUUUGAGACGCUGAUUCACAUGCAAGAAGCGGCCGACGCUCUGGAGAAGGAUGUAGCCGACAAAAACGAAGCCAUGAGGAUUGAUAUUGACCAACACAAUCUGACAGAGAAAUCUGCAAACAUUGGAUUUAAGCCAUUUGCGACCAGAAAACCGGAGCUUCAAAUGGACCUUCAGUCGUGGGAAGAACUCAGUCGAAAGGCACUAGACCGGGCGCAAGCCGAGAUCGAACGAGCUGCGGAAGUAAUUCACUCCUUGCAUCUCGGUCUACACCAGGCUGCCAAUAGGAUGCUUGCCAAAUCCGACCGCGCUGCCGAUGCGAUUAGGAUGAGAUUACACGAUACGGAGAGGGCGAUCCGUGAGCUCGAAGCUCAACGUGAUAUGACAGAAAAAGAACGCGGGAAGCUUCAACUGGAACUAAGAAACCUGGAAGAGGCACGGCGAGCCAAGUAUGCUACUUUAAAACUGGCUCAGACACGUUUGGAAGGGAGGCAUGAUCGUCCCGGAAAUGAGAACAUCGAGGAUGCUGCACACGCUGGCCUUUUGGAAGAACUCAAAGGAAUUGUGGAUAGUAUUGAUGCAUUGGAUGAACAAAUUGACAAAUCCAGAGCCGCCAUUGGUCGACUGGACAGUCAGUUGGCCAGACUUUGUCAAGCAGGCAAGAUGAAACGAGAAACGCUUCAAGUGUUUCAAGAAUUGGUGAACAUUAGGAAGCGGCUUGAAACUCCACCACACACCCGUUAUCCUUAUUGUCCAAUGAUCCCAGAAGGAAUCAUACGCCAGCCAAAAGUAAAACCAUUCGACGACUACUACUUGUCUUUUGUUCAGUUGAAUUACUGGAGCGCCAUAUUACUAUACGGAUCAGAAACCUGGCCGCUGCGCGCUGAGGAGGUCAAAAGACUUUCAGUUUUGACCGUCGAUGUCUUCGGAGCAUUGUCUGAAUCUGGUGAGAAUGGUAUUCGGGAGAAAUAA